GGGCUUGCUAAACUAGCGAAGGUUUUUCAAUGGUUACGCAAACUAGUUACGCUGCCAAGACUUUAUUAGAAGGCCGAAAAAUCUGACAAUUCUAUCUUCUACUCAUUUAAUACUAGUUACUUACAAAUUUAAUUAUUAACAGUUAAAUAUACGUAAAUAUUUAUGCAAAAUUUCAUACGUAUUGACCUUUGAAGGACGAUAAAACGAAAGCGAACGAGCCUCAAUCGACAUGAAUCUCUUCAGGAAAUUACUCUUUGCAACCUUCGUGGUUUGUGUUCUGUGCGAUUACAGCUUUAAAGAUUUGCCAGGAGAUUAUUGUAGAAUGAGAAAACCUAUGGAUUGUUGCCCCGGAAGGGAUGAUUCGUGUGCCCUUCCAAUUAUAGGAACUCUUUGCUAUUGUGAUAAAUUUUGCAACAGAAGCGUCGGUAUGGACUGCUGCCCCGAUUAUUUUCCCCAUUGUCUUGGUAUACGCAUCGAUCCUCCCCAACAAAUAGUUAGACCAGGUUGCAACCAUCACGGAAAGUUCUAUGAAGUUGGCCAUUGGUAUCUGAAGAACUGUAAUAAAUGUAAAUGUCAGUAUAAAGGUCACAACAAAUUCGAAUUUGGCUGCGACGAUAACGUGUGUUUGAUACGAACGGAACUGGUCGAUGCCAUCAAUCGUGGAAAUUAUGGUUGGACGGCAUCGAAUUAUACUUUCCUAUGGGGUAAAACAUUAAACGAAGGUAUACGAUACAGAUUAGGGACAUUUCGACCCACCAGAACGACUUUAGAAAUGACAGAAAUUCACCUUAAUAAAUCCGAAAGACUCCCAGAAAACUUUGAUUCUCGUCAUAAAUGGCCUAACUUAAUUCAACCCGUUCGCGAUCAAGGAGACUGUGGCUCUUCCUGGGCCUUUUCUACCACCAGUUUGGCUUCAGAUAGAUUAGCGAUCGAAUCUCAAGGAAGAGAGAAGAUAUCUUUAUCGCCUCAACAUUUAAUUUCUUGUCAGCACCGUGGUCAAAGAGGUUGCCACGGUGGUCAUUUAGACCGUGCCUGGUGGUAUCUUAGGAAAAAAGGCGUGGCUACCGAAUCUUGUUAUCCCUACGAAAGUUGGAUUACGGACGAAGAAGGAAAAUGUAGAGCUAAAAAUUGGAAAAAUGGAAACGGUAAAGUGAAAUGCCCGAGCGGAAAUGAAGACAUCGUUCAUUAUUUUACGCCAUCUUACAGAGUUGCACCAAAUGAAAGAGACAUCAUGAAAGAGAUUCACGAUAACGGACCAGUACAGGCCACGUUCGAGGUUAAAGAAGACUUUUUCCUUUAUAAACACGGUAUUUAUCGCCAUACCCCCGUUACUAAGUAUUUACCUUCAAAAUAUAGAAGAAGCGGAUGGCAUUCUGUCAGAAUUAUCGGAUGGGGUGUAGAAAGAAAUACAAAGUAUUGGUUGUGCGCAAAUUCUUGGGGAGAACGUUGGGGAGAAAAUGGAUAUUUUCGAAUUAUUCGAGGAGAAAACGAAUGCGAAAUUGAAAAUUUCAUAGUGGGCGUAUGGGCAAAACGUCAUUUCUUAAAUGGUAAAACAAACGGGAGAAGAUAUCGCAGAGCUUGAUAAUAAUUAUUAUUAAUAAAAACGAGUUAAUUUGCUGCCAUAAUUGUAAUUAAUUAAUUAAUUAAAGUGUGAUCUCUUAAUAUAAGUUAUUGUAAUAUGAAUUACUACAUCGAUACGUAAUCGUAGAAAAUAUUUUUAUACUAUUUGCUUAUGCGUUUGUUCCAUCGAAUUAUAGAAAAAAUAUAUAUAUUCUAUAUUCUUGUAAAUUUUUGUGUAUAAUUUAUUAUAAUUAUAUUAUUUUAAAUGUU